AAUGAAAUGUAAAUAUUUCAAUUUGUUGAAUUCAAAGCUGUGGAACGAACUUAUUGUUCGCCAAUUGCCCGUAUUUGACAAUGCCAAAUCCCACACUUCUCCAACCGUACUUCUUUUAGUUCGCCGGUUUUGUUUUCUUCCUCAGUUUCGACCCCCCAAAGAAAUCAUAUCUUUCCUUACUUCCUUCACCAGUUCCCACCCAAAAAGCCAACGCCCUAAAAUUAGUCAGCCCCCACACCAGUACAAUCCACCCACUCCUUUCUCCUUCUCCUCUCACCACAAACACAUAUAAUUCGCAGUACAGAAGGGGAAGAAGGAAAAAAAAAGAAAUUAAGGAAGAAAAAGAGAGACCCCAAACAGAAUGCCAUCUUCCUCAUCAGAUUACCACCACAUUGUUAUGAAUGAUGAUGAUGAUGAUGAUGGGUUGGUGGAGGAUUGUGGGUACUCAAGACCCUUUCUGGUUCUUGAUGUGAUAUGGAACUUGUCGUUCGCUACGGUGUCUGUUUUUAUGCUGGUGAGCACCACAGGAGAGAGGCCAUCUGCCCCCCUAAGGCUAUGGGUUUGUGGGUAUGCCCUUCAGUGUCUCUUGCAAGUGGGUUUUGUGUGGGUUGAGUAUCAGAGGAUGAUCAGCUUUCAUGAUCUCCAAUUUCAUGGUUUCUCCUUAUUUCCUCUCUGUCACACCAGCAUCAUAAAGAAUUUGGAGUCAAUUAAUACAGUGGUCUCAUUAGUCUGGUGGGUUUUUGGUUUCUAUGGGAUUGUAAUGGGUGGCCAAACACUUCUCCAAGAUUCUCCCUAUCUUUACUGGCUGUCCGUGAUUUUCUUGGCAUUCGAUGUGUUCUUUGUGAUCUUUUCCUUCACAAUGGCAUUCACGCUCUUCAUUGCUCUAUUCUGUUGCGCUCCAGUUCUAGCAACGGUUGCAUAUGCAAUGAAAUUGGGAGAGGGAGCAUCUGAAAAUGAUAUCACGGCUCUUCCUAAGUACAGAUAUUGCCAAUCCAAUAAUGCCACUGAUAAGAUGACAUUGGAAGAAGCGUUGUCCGUGCCCACGCUUUCUCUUAAUCCAGACGACUCCGAGUGUUGCAUUUGCCUGAAUAGAUAUAGUGAAGGAGCAGAGGUGUGUAGGCUUCCGUGCGACCACCAUUUCGACCACGGGUGCAUUUGUAGAUGGCUUCGGAUUAAUGCGACAUGCCCUCUCUGCAAGUUUAAUAUUCUCAGGAAUGAAACAUUGGUUUAAUCAAGUCCCUAAUCUUUGAUGUAAUAUAUGCUCUAAAUAUAU